GCAAAACACUGGAGCCAAUGGCGGUGGCUGCGGAAUCAAAUGGUGAUGUCAUCUAGUAUAACAUUACAUGUGAGGCUCGUAAUAAAUCCAGACACAUCUUUACUCCACAGAUCAACUCUGUGUGACAGGAGUUGAGGUACUGACGGCAAUAUAAGGACGGAGGCAAGCUGCAUCAAUCCAUAUUUGGAGGGGAUGGAGUGAAAAGUCAACACCACCAACAUCAGCAGAUCAAUGUGCCGAGCCCUCAGUAUGCCAUCCGUUCACCUUACUUCCCUCAACACUCUCCUUGUGGUCCUGAUGGCCGCGCUGACUUCCAGUGCCAGAACCACGCAUUUGCUCAAACCUCAGAGCACCAAGAAGCCCCCUCGAGGCGGAGGCGGGGGUGGAGGAUUUGGAAGAACCACCACCACGACCGUGUCCCCUUCAAGCAGCCUGCACACAGAUGAGACAACUGAGGUUCUGAUGGACGGUUACUCCUUGACUCCAACAGACAGUACCACCUACUCCAGCGACACUUAUCCCACUGAUUUCCGCACAGAUGCCAUAGCACCCUGUGGAAACACCCAUGGAAACUAUACCUUCGACUACAAUGAAUGCUUCUUCAACUUCUGUGAGUGUUGUCCGCCAGAAAGUGGAUCUGUAGGGCCCACGGGAGAGAGAGGGCCACCAGGACAGCCAGGACGGAGGGGCCCUCCAGGGUUGCCAGGAGAGAAAGGAGAAACAGGGCCUAGAGGACCUCCAGGACCAGCAGGACUACCUGGAGCCAACGGACUCAGUGGCGACAUAGGUGAAAAAGGUGAUCAAGGAUCUUUGGGUCUUCCUGGGAUUCCUGGAAAAUCAGGAGAAAAAGGUAAUCCAGGCCCCAGAGGAGAGAAAGGUGAACAUGGUCUGAAAGGGGACCCGGGAGAAAGAGGAGAGCCUGGCCUGAAUGGAACUAAAGGCAGCACUGGGCGAGAGGGGCCGAUGGGUCCCCCAGGGAUAUCUGGGACAAAGGGUCAGAAAGGUGAACAAAGAUUUACAGCCGAGUGUUUACCUGGUGAGAAAGGAGAGAAAGGCGAUGUGGGUGAAAGUGGGACCCCUGGUCUAAGAGGUGAGAUGGGCCCCCCAGGAGUGAAUGGAACUGACAGUGCAAAGGGAGAGAGAGGGGAGCCCGGGCCUCCAGGAGGGAAGGGGGAUACUGGGGCGAGAGGGCCCCCAGGACCUCUGGGUGGGAGGGGUAUGGCAGGGCUGAGGGGGGAGAGGGGGCCUAAAGGUGGGCGUGGGCCUCGGGGCCCAAAAGGUCCACCAGGUGAGAGUGUUGAGCAGGUUCGCUCUGCCUUCAGCGUGGGCUUGUUCCCCAGCAGGUCCUUCCCUCCGCCUGGCGUACCAGUGAAGUUUGAUAAGGUGUUUUACAACAGGGAGGGUCACUGGGACCCAGCACUCAACAAGUUCAAUGUCACCUACCCGGGGGUCUACUUAUUCAGUUACCACAUCACUGUGCGCAACAGGCCUGUCCGUGCUGCCCUGGUGGUUAAUGGGAUACGGAAGCUGCGGACUCGGGAUUCUCUGUACGGCCAAGACAUCGACCAGGCGUCCAACCUCGCACUGCUGCAGUUGAAUGAGGGCGACCAGGUGUGGCUGGAGACACUGAGAGACUGGAAUGGAAUUUACUCCAGCAGUGAGGAUGACAGCACUUUCUCCGGCUUCUUGCUUUACCGAGACUCAAAGACCAAACCAUCCGCGGUAGAAAACCUGUGACUGCAACCUUUGACCUUGGAUGAGCUUUAGUUUAAAAUUCUCGUAGACUCUGCACAACCUUCAGCCUAUUGCACCCCUCUGUCAAAUGAAUGUGAUUCAGCUGAACACCGCUGCUUCAGUAUCUGCUCACCGCUGUCGUGCUAAUCAGACCAAAUGCUUCGCUUGCCUUGCUGUAUUUGGAGAUG